AUGUCCAUCUAUGUCCACAGUCCAGCAGUCAGCACGUCACAUCUGCUGCUGGCCCUCACCAAAAACCCUCUCAUCGCUGCCCCUCUCUCCGGCCCGCUGCCCCCUGGUGCGCCUGCCGGGUCUAAUCUGCUGUUUGUUUGCAAGUUCUAUAGGCCCGAGGAGGAGGACGAGGUGGUGAUGAAGACGAUGAUGUUGCCAGGGAGUAAGCCGGUAUCAGACGGAGCAGACGGAGGCGAGGGACAGUGCUUCCUCAGGUGGUGCCAGGCAGUUAACUUAAAGCAGCACCUGACCCUGGUCCACGAGGUCAGGAACAAGGAGUUCCAUCUCCUCCAAAAGUAUGGAAGUGCACGGAGCACGGCUGUGUUGGACUGCCCCUGCUGCACCAAGAAGGGUGUGGUGCGCCUGGACAAACACCUCCAGGACAAACGUAUGAAGUCCUCUGGCGAUGAACGUGCUUCCCUCCUGAGAGAGGCCAAGAGGGCAGCCAUCGUCAAGGAGAUGAGGGCACUGAGGCUGUCAGACCCCUCGGUGCCGCUGAUCUCCACACUGGACAUUGAUGAACCUAAUGACGACCCUCUCCUGGACAUGGACGAGGAGGAUCAGGCUGUCAUAUCCAUUUUUCCUCACAUGUUGAAUCAGAUCAAUGUCCUGAGGCCCUGGAGGAGGAGGAGGAGGAUCAGGCUGGCGUCAGCCCUUCUCUCUCUGAGGCUGGAGGCCUGCCUGACCACCUUGGAGCGGUCGCACGCCCUGCCCCAGGCAAAGUGCCGGUCCCUGGAGGGUGGGAACGGCGGGAAAGUCCCCACCUCUUCUCAAAAGGGGGAGCACGUGGACAAGAUCCACAACGCAGAUAUGUUGUAUGAGUCGAUGGUAGAGGACUACCGGAAGUUCCGGCUCGGGUCGUGCACCAGGCUCAAAGACCUGGACAACGCUAAGCAGUCGGCCAGCCACUCCCUGCGGUUUUGCCGCUACAUGGCCCAUGGUGUGGCGGCGGCCAACCUGAGUGGGAGCCUCCGGUUCCUAAAUCGCAUGGACCGUCUGCGUGGUUGGCCAACGCACCUGGCUACCAAGGGAUCCAGAGGGACGUCCAGCGGGAGGUGGUUGUCCAGCGGCAGAAGGUCCUCCAGAAGAAGUGAGGAGGUCCAUGCCCUCGGAAUGAGCUUCAUUCUGUGCUACAUGGCCAUCCUGACGGGUCACCGCUCGGUGGUUUUCACAAACUUAACCAAGGAGUCGGUGGCAAAUGCAGACUCCUGGAAUUCCGGGACAAGGUUCCAAGUGUUGGUGGGCGACCAUAAGACUACCAAGUCUUUCGGGCAGGCUGCCAUCGUCCUGGACAGCCAGGAGUUCGACUGGCUCCGCCUCCUGGCUACUGGUUCCUUCUGUGGCGAUGAGUGCGAAGGGGCCACAUGGGUGUUCCACACCCAAGCUGGGGCCCAGCUAAAGCAGCCAUCCUCAUUCAUCGCCCAAGCAUGGGCAGCAGCCGGACUGAAGGGUACCGUCACCUUAAAUAAGAUCCGGAGCAGCGUGGCCACACAGCUCUCCAAGAAGGAGCGGCGGAGGGUGGCCAGGGCCAUGUGCCAUGACCCGGCCACAGCCGCAAAGUUCUAUGUUGCCCUUCCCAGCCGGGAAAGGCAGUUUGAAGACAGGGUGCUGCGGCUGAAGGCCCUCAGUCUGGCCUCAAACACAAGGCCAGAGAGGUUCACCAGGCCUGUGGUGUCCUCCAGCUCGGAGUCAGAGGGACCUGAGCCCGUGUAUGACGACAGCCCUGAGUCGUCUGACUUUGAAUCCUUGAGCCCAGAGCCUGAGCCCUUGAGGCCUGAGUCGCCACACAGGCUGCCGGACCAACUAUUCCACUUUUUCGCCACCAUGUGA